AUGGUAAGCAAAUCCCAGUAGCAAGUAAAUUUAAAUAACGGUCAUAGGGAAAUCCAAUCACUUAAGCAUAGGAACUCAAUCAACUGAGGGGAGGGAAGCGCGGGUUUUUGUGUUUUGUUUUGUGCUUCUUUUCUUUUGAGAGAACGACGACAGCUAUAUUAAUAAAGAUUAAAGUGCUGCAAAAAGUGAGCCGUUCGGAUCCAUUAACCCCUUCCCUGCUGCCCUGCCUCCUGCGGCACCGAGGGACUUUCGCUUCUGCUAACAUAACAUGCCAGAUUUUCCCGCCUCUCGCCUGCAGGACCCAGCCUCGCAGGCUGCUGCUGUUGUCUUUGCAAACAGGACUUGCCCAGCACCUCAGCACCCGGGAGCCGGACUCUUGGGCUAAAGGAGGAGAUCUCGCUGCUCUCCAGGGCUGUCUCUCAGCGUGAAGGGGCUGCUUUUUGCAUUAGAUGUGGCAAAGCCCCGCGCAAGAGUUGCGAACCAGAUGCGAGUUUGCAAAGGGCGGUGAGCAAGCGGGAAGGGGUGGCAAGGUGGGAGGGGGAAAGGGGAGCCGUCGGGCGAUGGUGGAGGACCCGAGGGAUCCCCGUCCUCCUCUUCCUGCCCUCUACUGACGCGGGAACUAGACGGGGGGAGGAUGGUGCCCGGCCUCCCCCCGGGGCUGCUGGCGCUGGGGGCUGCUUUGCUCUGGCCGCCCUGCCAGGGGAGCUGCGGGGAGCUGAAGUGCGGGGAGCAGGAGCGCUGCUGCCGCUUUGGCAACAUCACCUACACGGAGAUCAAGUGCUGCAAGCUGCCCUUUCACACCUUCCUGGACAACGUGGGCUGGUUCGUGCGGAAGCUCUCCGGGCUGCUCAUCCUGCUGGUGCUCUUCGCCAUCGGCUACUUUCUGCAGCGCAUCAUCUGCCCCAGCCCGCGCAGGCACAACCGGCGGCGCCGGCGCCCGGGGCAGCAGGACGAGGAGGAAGAGGAAGAUGGGGAGGAGCAGGAGGGAGAGCUCGACUCGCGCGGAGGCGGCGGCACCCCGCUCAACGUGACGGCCGCCACCUCGCAGGACUCGCUGCUGGAUAGCCGGAGCCGGGACUUGCCGCCUCCGCCUCUGCUGCACAUCGUCUCGCCCGUCUUCUUGCAGCUGCCCAGCUACGAGGAGGUGAAGUAUUUGCCCACGUACGAGGAAUCCAUGCGGCUCCAGCAGCCCGGCGUCUUGCCCGUCACCAGCCUGGCCACAGGGGCGGGCAGAGGCCUCGCGGACCUGGACUGCUGGUCAGCGGGCAGCUGAGGAGGAGCAUCCCCCCACCCGCACCAGGCCAUCCCUUUGCUCCUCUGUUCUCUCCAUCCCACCCUGGAGCUGAUCUCCCAAGGGAGCUUCUACCCACGUGGCCGCCGGCGGUGGUGGCAAGCAGUCGCCUUUCCUCCCUUCCGAGAGAGAGAGAGAUCUGCAAAGAUUGCCAAGAGAGUUGGGGGAGGGGGAGGAGGCGACACGAACGGGGCCUUUGGCCUUUCCUCGUGCCUUCUUGCAAGGUUGCACCCACGAAGGUGAACUGGAGCAGUGGAAGAAGCAAGCGCUCGCGGUCUGCCUUGAGGAAACCCCUUUCCUCUCCCCCCCGACCCCCCUCACCCCCUAGCACCGCCGGCCUUCACGCCCAAGGUUCUAAUGAUGAUUGUAUCUUUGAUUAUAAGUGCCUAGUUUAAUGUGUGGCAUGCAUUCAGUUGGACGCAUUCGGAACUAGGAGCCAGAAGGUUUGAUUAGGUUUCUGCCCUUCCGAGGAGACGGGACGCCCUGUUUUGUUAACCUCUUUUUGCUGCAGAUUAAAAUCCUGGAAGACGUCGCUUGUGGUUAUUUACUUGCGGGGAAACUCGGCUCAAGUUAGUUGAAAUGUUUUCUGCCUUCCUAGUCAGGAGAAAGGCCGACAGUCUGUAUUGGGGUCCUUGGAAUAAUUGCUUUUACUUUCUUUGGGA